GAUACAGUACGCUAUUCUAAACCGAAUAUGUCAUUAGAUGUUAAUAUAAGUGAACCGGAUGAAUUUAAUUGUACAGAACUUCACAGUUGUAUAGAAAAUGUAGCUAGAAUAAAUAGCUUAAACGAUUUCACAUAUCAUGUUGAAUUCGCGUGUGGAAAAGGUGAAAAUUUUAUAGCAAACGUAUUCAGAGUUGAAAUAACAGAUACGGAAGAUUGUGAACGUAAAAUUAGUGUUAUUGUAAAGACAUUAGUGAAUACAACGAGACAAGAGUUAUUUAGAGAACUACAUAAAAGAGAAGUUAAGGCGUAUGAAGAGGUUAUAUCCAAAUUUCAAAUUUUACAAAGCAAAUUAGAUGUAAUUGACAGAAUUGUGCUACCUGGUUGUAUUUUAUCUGAUAUGAAGAGAGGCAAUGAAGUACUUAUUCUAGAAGAUUUAGUUUCAAAAGGUUAUGAGUAUGAUUCUAAAGUAAAUAAACUACAGAAUUUAAAAUAUGAACAAGUUUGUUUAGUAUUGAAAAAUUUAGCAAAAUUUCAUGCUCUAUCUGUUAUAUUUGAAUUGAACGAUAAAGAAAACUUUACCAAACUUAAAAGUGAAUUUAAAGAUGUUCUCUAUCAAGAAACAUUUCUUGAUAAAAGUAAACUUAGAAACUAUUAUAAAAAUUGCUACGAAGACUCUAUAAAGCUAUUAGAUGAUUUAGAUGCAAGAACGAAAUUACAAAAUGUGGACACAACAUUAAUGGAACUUUUAAGAUAUUAUACUUCUCCACGAACAUUCAAUGUACUCUGUCAUGGAGAUUGUUGGGAUAACAUCACAACGGAUUUAUGUUUUUUGGAUUUUCAAGCAAUGCGAUAUUCUAACCCAGCUACAGAUGUUGUUUAUUUUCUUUUUUUAUCAACUGACUCUACAUUCAGAUCUCAAUUUAUGAAAGAUAUUUUAUCUGUUUAUUACGAGAGCUUUUCGUCAUUCUUGAAACUAUACGAUAUAGAUUCGAAUUCAGUUUAUACUAAAGAUUCAUUUGAAGAGGAUGUACAAGAAAUGUUACCUUAUGGAUUGCUAAUUACUCUGAUAGAGUUAAGGAUAGUAACAACGACGUUUGAAGAUAAAGAAGUAAUAAGCGAAUCAAAAUUAGACCUUGAUCAAUGCAUCUCUAAUGAAGGCAAUGAAGAUAUAUUAUUAAAAAUGAGAGUUCAUGAUGUUGUUAAGGAAUCUGUGCAAAAUGGUACUUUAGAUAGAUUGUGUGAUCAAAUGAAACUAUUUAAUUAAAAAAAAUG